CAAAGGACUGAGUGCAUAGAAAAGGGUCAAAGACGGACAGAGCGGCAGACGGAAGCAACAGCAGCAGCAGCACAAAAGCUUUGACUUGCUCUUCAGCUCAGCGGCCUCUUUUUACUAGAAGCUUUUUAUAACACGCAAAAAACACAUAAUUAAAGAAAAAAGAAAAAAGAAUUUUUGUAAAUUCAACGUUUGACCUGUCCCCUACUCCCUCCUCUAUAUUCAUUCAUUCAUUCGAUUCUUGAUGGAGUUGACAACAUCUUCACCCUUUGCCACAGCACAUAGCCACCACUGCGACCGCCACCAGACCAAGAAGAGGUUUCUGAUGAACCACCCAUUGUAAGAAGGAAAAUCAAGUGGAAGAGAAGACAUGGCCUUAAAGAAAGCUGCCGAGGAUGCUAUUGAGGCUAUUGGUUUGGGAUUUGAUAUAGUUGCUGAUUUAAGCCUUAAGUACUGCAAGAAGAAUUCCUCUCGAUUGAUCUUGUUGGACGAUGAUAAAGUCAGGGAUCUCGUGAUUCCAGGCGGGUUUUCCAUUCGGAACAUCCCCAAAUCCAUCAAAUGCGAUAAAGGCGAGUUCAUGAGGUUCAGCUCUGAUGUUCUUUCUUUCCAGCAGAUGUCAGAGCAGUUUAACCAGGAACUAUCUCUUUCUGGAAAAAUUCCUUCUGGCCAUUUCAAUACUGCAUUUGAAUUUACAGGAGUUUGGCAGACGGAUGCUGCCAAUACUAAAGCUCUUGCAUUUGAUGGUGUUUUUAUCACACUUUACAACAUUGCAAUAGAAAAAUCCCAGGUAGUUCUGUGUGAUCAUGUCAAAGAAGCUGUCCCUUCAACAUGGGAGCCUGCUGCAUUGGCAAGUUUUAUAGAAAAAUAUGGUACUCAUGUGGUCAUUGGUGUCAAAAUGGGGGGAAGGGAUAUAGUAUAUGUGAAGCAGACAUAUACUGAUCAGCAGCACUUAUCGCCUCUUGAGCCUGUUGAUGUACAGAAAAAAUUAAAAGACAUGGCAGACAAGCUGUUUGUAGAUGGAACUGGACAGAAUAUCUCAGAAAAGUUUGUCAAGGAUCAUGGAUUCACUUUCACAGACCAGUUUCCGUCCAGCUCUUAUUCCCAUAUAGCGGGAAUUAAAUUCAUACAUAGGAGGAAAGGCGGGUCAAAUAAAAGCCGGCACCACAGUGAGUGGUGUCAAACUGUUCAGUUUGAACCUGAUGUUAUCUCAAUGUCAUUCAUCCCAAUCACUUCUCUAUUGAGUGGAAUUAAUGGGAGUGGAUUUUUGACCCAUGCUAUCAACCUCUACAUCCGCUACAAGCCACCAAUUGAAGAAUUACAUCAGUUUCUGGAAUUUCAGCUUCCAAGGCAAUGGGCACCAGUGUUUGGUGAGCUUGCCCUGGGUCCGGAUAGGAAGCAACAAUCUAGCCCAUCUUUGCAGUUCAGCUUCAUGGGUCCUAAACUUUAUGUUAAUACGACACCGGUUGACGUAGGGAUGAAGCCAGUUACUGGCCUUCGACUGUUUUUGGAAGGGAAAAAAAGCAGCUGCUUAGCAAUUCACUUGCAGCAUCUUUCAUCGCUUCCCAAGACCUUUCAACUGGAGCACGAACAGAUAGGCAACAUCUCUGAUCCCUCCUCUGAACGCAGGUACUAUGAGAAGGUUCAGUGGAAGAGUUUCUCGCAUAUUUGUACAGCCCCCGUUGAGAGUGAAGAGGAUCUUGCAAUUGUCACAGGAGCUCAUUUUGAAGUUGGGGAUUCUGGGUUUAAAAAAGUUUUAUUUUUACGGCUACAUUUUUCGAAAGUUAUUGGUGCAGCAACUCUAAGAAAGAUUGACUGGGAUGGUUCCCCUGCCAUGGGCCAGAAAUCUGGAAUAAUCUCUUCAUUUAUCAGCACUCGUUUCUCAACUGUUCAAAAACCACCUCCAAAGCAACCUGAGGUGAACAUAAAUUCAGCUGUGUACCCUGGAGGUCCUCCUGUGGCUGCCCAGGACCCUAAACUGUUGAAAUUUGUUGACACAACGGAAAUGACAAGAGGACCCCAAGACUCACCUGGAUACUGGGUUGUGUCUGGUGCAAAGCUUAAUGUUGACAAGGGAAAGAUCUAUCUCCGGGUCAAGUAUUCUCUCUUGACUUUGAUUUUACCUGACGAAGACAUGUAGUUGAAGGUUUCAGAUAGGGGGAAAGAAAGAUAUAAUGGAGGAUCUCACUCUGCAAAUUAGAUAUCAGAGUAUGAAUAUUGAGUUCUGCAAGCCAAGUUUCUGUUCAUUGGGCUGGCAUGAAAGUAUUUAAUGAGGUUGUUGUGUAUAAAGCUGGUGUGUAAUGUGUAAUUUCAAGCUUAGUUCUGUAGAGUUUUUGCAUUAUUUCCAAAUUUGACAUUGAAGAUUUGUUGAGGAGGAAGCUGAGAUGAUGUUUGACGCUUUGCAUAUGCGUGCAUGUAUGCGUGCUGUGCGAGCGAUUGGCAUGUAACUUGUGCUCAGGUUUUCUUGUAAGAAUGAACAUUGUUUGCCUUUUCUGUCCAAAA